AGUUUAGGCAUUGAUUUCAAAGAACCCCUUCUGAAGCGAUACUAUCGGUUCAUAUCGGGGAACAGCUUUCAGAUGAGACACUAUAGCGACGAUCCCAUGGAUAAUAUGGAUCCGAUUGGUCUUCAUAUCGGGAAUGGUGUCACUUUUAAGUUGAUUAAUGUCCGCCACUCAUGUCAUCCAAACACCGCUUUCAUCGCUAAAGGUGAUAGCAUUGAAAUCCGUGCCAUGAAGUCGAUAGCGAGUGGCGAAGAGAUGACUAUGGAUUUGAUUCCGUUGGACAUGAGUGGUGUCUAUAGGGAUCAUAUCAGAGAUUUUUUGGACAUUAAAUGUGAUUGCGUUAAAUGCAAACCAAAUCUACAGAAACGCAACGAAUGGCAACAGUUCUCAAAACUGUUGGACAAACACGACGACCACUGGAUGGCCGCUAUGGACACCAAACUGAAGCACAAGAAUCUCAACUAUGAAAUGGACACUAAAUUUAUACAAUAUUUGGAUUCAAUAUAUGGAAAGUAUCAUCAAAUGAAGACUUACUAUCUCUUGAAGGCAUUCAUCUGUUUUGCCUCCGAUUCCCGAAAGGCUAACCAAUCGUCGAAAGAGCUCUGGUAUAAGACAGUUGAGGAACACUUGUUGGUCACUCACGGAUCAGACCAUCCGUGAGAUCCAAAGAGUGACGAAAUGCCUGUCAUUUCAUCGAAACCAUACAUCGCUGGAGACGUUGUCUUCAAAUGCAAACCACUAUUCGCUUGCAUUGAUUACAAAUACAACGGAAAACAUUGCGAUAAUUGUCUCAAACCUAUGGAUCAGUUGAAGAAAUGCGCGAAAUGUCUUCAAAUGUAUUAUUGCGGCAAAAAUUGUCAGACAAUCGACUGGUCUUUCCAUAAGAAUGAGUGCCAACUCAUGCGGCAGAAGAAACUCCGAUCUGAUCCUAAUUGGCAAAUGUUUCAGAUGAGACACUAUAGCGACGAUCCCAUGGAUAAUACGAAUCCCAUCGGUCAUCAUAUCGGAUGGGGAGUCACUCUUGAGUUGAUGUGUGUCCGCCACUCAUGUCAUCCAAACACCGCUUUCAUCACUAAAGGUGAUAGCAUUGAAAUCCGUGCCAUGAAGUCGAUAGCGAGUGGCGAAGAGAUUACUAUGGAUUUGAUUCCGUUGGACAUGACUGGUGUCUAUAGGGAUCUUUUCAGGGAUUUUUUGGACAUUAAAUGUGAUUGCGUUAAAUGCAAACCAAAUGUUGAGAAACCCAUUGAAUGGCAACAGUUUGAGCAACUUUUGGAGAAACACAACGAUCACUGGGAGUCCGCAAUGGAUCCCAAUCUAAAGCACAAGAAUCUCAACUAUGAAAUGGACACUCAAUUCAUGCAAUAUUUGGAUUCAAUAUAUGGAAAGUUCCAUCAAAUGAAGACUUACUAUCUCUUGAAGUCAUUCAUCUGUUUUGCCUCCGAUUCCCGAAAGGCUAACCAAUCGUCGAAAGAGCUCUGGUAUAAGACAGUUGAGGAACACUUGUUGGUCACUCACGGAUCAGAUCAUCCGUGGAAUGCAAUGCUUCAGACAUUUUUGUGUCGUUCAGUUUGA